GAACACGAUCUCUCCUUCCUUCCCUCUCCCUCUCUGCCUCUUGCUGGUAAGAGACAGAGAGAAAGAGAGAGAGAGAGAGACCGACAUUCUGUUUGCAAGGUGGAAGAAGCAGAGGGUAGUUCCAUGUAAAAUCUCCAUGAUCGGUCAAAUUAAAAGGUGUGAACAUAUCUAGCAAGUCGGCAGGCUCGAACUCUUGUUUUUUGGCCUCACUUGCACAUUGUAUUUAAACUAAUUACUCCUGAUACCCAAGCCCACCAAAAUUAAUAUCCAUUUCAAAACAACAACGAACAAAGAAAUCCCCUGUUGAAUUUAAAAGGGCUACUACGAACAGAGACAUACCAUUAUCCAGUUCAGAAACCGAGUAACUGUUCCAAAGGCGGCUCCCAUUCAUCCCAAUUUCAACUCUUCACCUUCGCCUUCGCCUUCGCCUUAUAAACCUGUUAAUUAAUUCUUCUGCUGGAGGUUCGGUCUAAUUUGUUUCUUCGCUUUUGGUAUAUGUGUUUGCUAAAGGUGGCGGACCCUAAGGACUCUUCUCAGUACGUCAGGUUUCAGGCGCAAAGCGGCGGCGGCGGCGGCGGCGAUGGGCAAUCUCAGGAUUCCUCGUCCUUGCAGUACAGCCAUGUGGAUUUAAGCGCUCCGCCGGCUGCUCCUGCUGCGGCGCCGCCACCAAUACUUGUUGGAUACGGUAGAGCAGGGGAGACGUCGGCGAUGGUUUCGGCGCUGACCCAAGUGGUGUCGGGUCAGGGAACCACCGGUGGCUGGGCCCACCAGGCUGCCGAUUUGGGCGGGGCUUUUGUGCCGGGUGCCUCUGCGAUGGUUAUGGAUUCUCCUUCCGCUCCCGCUUAUUCCCCUUCCUCUUCUUACUAUGCGUCUGCGGCUUUAGCUUCUGCUUCUGCUUCGUGGGUUGGACAGAAGAGAGGACGAGAACAGGAGAGCGCGGGGCAAUUGCCUGAGUCGGUAAUCCCCAGGGUUUUGAGAGGGUUUAGUGAGUUAAGGGCAUCGCCGAGGGGCGAGUCAUCAUCCUCAGCUGCUGCAAUCGUGAAAGAAGAACCGACCUCCCUGUUAUAUCCAGCAGCAACAACGACAAUUCCACCAACUCCAUCCACCGAAUCCAUGCCUCAGGAAGAAAGCGGAGAAAGAAGAAGAAGAUACAGAGGGGUGAGACAGAGGCCAUGGGGCAAAUGGGCAGCGGAGAUUAGGGACCCCCACAAAGCCGCAAGGGUCUGGUUAGGCACUUUCGACACCGCCGAGGCCGCCGCCAGAGCAUACGACGAGGCCGCCCUCAGAUUCAGAGGAAACAGAGCAAAACUCAAUUUCCCCGAGAACGUCACCUUGAUUCCUCCUCCACACGCUUCCUCCGCCCCCCAACUGACAAUUUCCGAUCCCCGCCCGCCUACCCAUUUGCCGGCUGCCCAAUCGCCGGCGGCGUUCUUGCGGUCCGAAGCCUCUCACGGCUCCGGCGCCGCCAGAGACUACUGGGAUUACUCGCAGUUUCUUCAGAGCUCCGGAGACAUCCAAGGGCAGCCCGCGAGUUUGUUGCAGCAGAUGAAUUUGAUGUACUCUUCGCCUAUGGCAGGCUUGCGACCUUCUUCUACUUCCGCUACUUCGGUUCCUUCCGCUUCUUCGUCUUCUUCAGUUGCACCUUCGGAUUCGUCUUCUGCGGCUUCGUAUCCUCUGCUAUUUUCUGACCCGUCAUUAAUGGAAUAUUUCAUCUCGUCCGAAAAUCAAGGUCAGGAGAGUGGGUCGCAUUUCCCGGCGCCGCCUUCGACGGGCUCCGGUCAUUAUCCUCCACCAUCUUCAAGUUGAUUUUCAAUUUUAUUUUUUAAAAACAUUUUCCGAUACCGCUUGGAUUUGUUUCUUGAUUUUUUUUUUAAAUAGUCAUCAUUUUAUUGUACACGAGAGAGAGAGAGAGAUUUCAUUUUUCAAUUAAAUUUAGGGGGCAGAGUGUGGUGAAUCAUAUGAUGUUUACAUUUGUCUGGAUCAUGGACGAGACAAAAGAUGUGGGACUCUGUCCGCUUUGCGAGCUGUCUGCACUUUGGUUUACAACCCAUGAUUAUUUUAUUUUUUGAUAUUUCUUAUAGUGGUGAUUAUCUUUUGUUUA